AUGCACCGACUAGUGCAGCUAACCGUACGCACCUGGCUCAAAGCCCAUGGUCAGCUCGAACAGUGGAAGGGGCUAUUCAUCGAAAAUCUAUAUUCUAAAUUUCCGACCGCUGAGUAUGAGAAUUGGGAAAGAUACCGGUCGCUCUUUCCACACAUGAAAGUAGCGGUAUCACAACGGCCAGAAUCCCCAGUCUCGGUACAGCAAUGGGCUACGCUACUUUAUAGAGGCGCGUGGUAUGCGCAAGAAAGCGGGUAUAUCACAGAAUCGAUGGAAAUGGCAUAUAGGUCGAGAAAGUAUAGAUUAAAAGUGUUCGGUGCCGAGAAUGAGGAGGCGCUCGAGAGCACUGCGAUGUUAGCAGGAGCAUAUCAGUUGGUGGGUCGGUGGGAAGAAGCCGAGCAGCUCUUUGUGCAGGUCAUGGAGACUCGCAAGUCGAAGCUCGGCGCGGACCAUCCUGACACGCUGACGAGCAUGGCCAACCUAGCGUCGACAUUCUGGUACCAGGGCCGGUGGGAGGAGGCCGAGCAGCUCUUUAUGCAGGUCAUGGAGACUCGCAAGGCAAAGCUCGGAGCGGACCAUCCCUCUACGCUGACAAGCAUGGGCAACCUAGCAUCGACGUUAUGGAACCAGGGCCGGUGGGAGGAGGCCGAGCAGCUCGAGGUGCAGGUCAUGGAGACUCGCAAGGCGAAGCUCGGCGCGGACCAUCCUGACACGCUGACGAGCAUGGCCAACCUAGCUUUCACCUUGGAAUCUACCGGCCGUCGUUCUGAGGCGAUCGAUUUGCUUAGAAUCUGCGUUGCAAAGCAGCAACGAAUAUUAGGUCCUGCUCAUCCUGACACUGUGUCUAAUUCUGAUACUCUGCUCGCCUGGGAGACUGGGGAUGUGGCUAUCAAGGCAUGA